AUGUGGGAUGAUAGAGAUGACGAUGGUGAUGUAGAUAAUAUAGAUGAGGAUGAUUAUGAAGAUGAUAGAGAUGAAGAUGAAUAUGAUAGAGAUUACGAUGCUGCUGUAGAUGAUAGAGAUGACGAUGGUGAUGAAGAUGAUAGAGAUGAGGAUGAUAUAGAUGAUGGUGGUGAUGUAGAUGAUAGAGAUGGGGAUGUUGAUGAAGAUGAUCAAGAUGGGGAUAAUGAUGAAGAUGAUAGAGAUGUUGAUGGUUAUAAUAAUGAAAGAAGUAACGAUGGUGAUGAAGAUGAUAGAGAUGACGAUGGUGAUGAAGAUCAUAGAGAUGACAAUAAUGAAGAUGAUAGAGAUGACGAUGUUGAUGAAGAUCAUUGA